CAACCAGGAGAGCCGCAGGGACCGUUGCUGAACCACGCCGCGCAAGAUGACAACAAGAGACGGGCCCCAAGAUAGGUAUAAAGGUGUCUGGCUGAUCUUCUUCAUCCUUGGGCUGGGAACAUUGCUGCCAUGGAAUUUCUUCAUGAUUGCCAGGAAGUAUUUCAUCGACCGCCUGGCAGACCCGGAGAAUGUGAACUGCUUCUCAAAUGAGACUGCUAGGGCCACCCUCCCCUGCUCCUACCUGCAGUCCAUGUUUGACAACUUCAUGACGCUCUGUGCCAUGGUGCCACUCCUCGUCUUCACCUGCCUCAACUCUUUCAUCCACCAGCGGAUUCCCCAGCAGAUCCGCAUGUUGGGCAGCUUGGUGGCCAUCGGGCUGGUGUUCCUAAUCACYGCGGUCAUGGUGAAAGUCACCAUGGAGCCUCUUCCCUUCUUUGUCUUCACCAUGAUCAGCAUAGUCUUCAUCAACUCCUUUGGUGCCAUCCUCCAAAGCAGCCUCUUCGGCCUGGCGGGGCUCCUGCCCGCCAGCUACACGGCUCCCAUCAUGAGCGGGCAGGGCUUGGCAGGAACCUUUGCUGCCCUGGUGAUGAUCUUCAGUAUUGCCAUUGGUGCUCAGCAGCCAGAGAGCUACAUUGGUUACUUCGCCACGGCGUGCGUGGCGAUCRUGCUGGCAAUCUUCUCCUACAUCGUUUUGCCUCGCUUGGAUUUCUUCCGCUACUACUCCAUGAAGGAUAAGACAGAGUACCAUGUGUACCACGCAGAGCUGGAGACCAAGAGAGACCUGAUUAAGAAAGAUGAACCCAAUGGGGUGGAGCAGAAUAACUCAAAGAUCAUCCCUAUCCACAACCCUGAUGAGAAGCCCUCGGUCUUCUCCAUUUUUAAGAAGCUCUGGGUCAUGGCUCUGUCCGUCUGCUUUGUCUUCACUGUCACCAUUGGAGUCUUUCCUUCCAUCACAGCUAAGGUGUCGACCGAACUUGGGGAGGGAAACAAGUGGGAACAUUACUUCAUCCCAGUCUCCUGUUUCCUGGUAUUUAAUGUCUUCGACUGGGCAGGACGGAGUCUCACAGCCCUGUUCACAUGGCCUGGCAAGGACAGCUGCCUCCUGCCACUGAUGGUGGCCCUACGUGUCAUCUUCAUACCCCUUUUCAUGCUGUGCAAYGUGAAGUCCCGCAAAUACCUGCCCAUCAUCUUCUCUCAUGACGCCUGGUACAUCGUCUUCAUGAUCUUCUUCUCCCUCUCCAAUGGCUACCUGGCCAGCCUCUGCAUGUGCUUCGGGCCCAAGAAGGUGCUCAUUCACGAAGCAGAAACAGCCGGAGCAGUCAUGGCCUUUUUCCUCUCGCUGGGCUUGGCCCUAGGAGCCGCCAUCUCCUUCCUAUUUGGAAUUCUCAUCUAGCAGAGGUGCCUGGAGGCYGCACGGACACAGAUGGCUCCGCAGCCUCCUCCGAGGCCCUGGGCACUCGGCGCUCUGGGGACGAAACAUCGCGCCCGCCCCGCCGAAUUGUACUGCCCGAGCACACAUUACAGCCAGAGACGGUUCCGCUGCCCGGGGCUGGCCUGGCUCUGCCGCGCUCGGCUGUGUGAUGCCUUCAGGCCCACGUGCCUUUGCCGUGCUGCAAGACCCCUGGGAUCUCGCAGAGGU